AGACACACUAGGGCCAUGCUCUGGCUUCUGUCCCCAGGCAAAUGGUCUCUGCAGCACCCUGGCCUCUCACAGGCAUCCCUUCUCCCACAGUGCCCCCAGCCAAGGAACCUGGGGCUGGUGGGAAGAAGCAGGGGUGCCUUCUUUGCUCUCAGAGCCCCGGGAGACUGCAGCACAAUGGGUGGGAGGCCCUCGAGCCCCCUGGACAAGAGUCAGCAGCAGUACCUGAAGGGCCAGGUGGACACUCUGCUGAGGAGCUUCCUGCCCUGCUACCGUGGGCAGCUGGCAGCCUCUGUCCUGAGGAAGAUCUCCCAAGAGCUGGGCCCCCAGGAGCCAGCCAGGUACCAGCUGCUGCCCAGCAAAAAGCUGCCCCGAGUCUGCGAGCACCGAGGGCCCCUGACCCAGCUGCAGGGCCAGCCUCCCCGGUGGCAGCCAGUCUUCUGUGUCCUGCGUGGGGAUGGCCGCCUGGAGUGGUUCAGCCACAAGGAGGAGUAUGAAAGUGGCGGCCAUCCCCUGGGCACUACAGCCCUAACAGGCUACACAGUCCUGACUUCUCAGCAUGAAUAUCUCCACCUGUUGGAUACGCUCUGCCCAGACUACUCAGGAGACCAGACACAGGAAGAACCUGAAUCCCUCCUGGAAACGCCCAUGAACUUCCCUCUGUUCCUGCAGCAUCCCUUUCGCAGGCAUCUCUGUUUCUCUGCAGCCACAAGGAAAGCACAGCGUGCUUGGAGGCUAGCGCUGCAGGGCGGCAUCCGGCUUCGUGGUACAGUUCUGCAGCGAAGUCAGGCCCCUGCUGCCCGUGCUUUCCUGGACGCCGUCAGGCUCCACCGGCAGCACCAAGGCCACUGCGGCGAAGACGACGUGACCCUGGGCUCCGACGCCGAGGUCAGUGCCGCGCGAGGCCGCACCCAGGACCCCCAGGAUUCCUUUCCACCCGGGGCCAAGCCCACUGUCUGCUGUCCCGCAGGUGCUGACCGCGGUGCUGAUGCGGGAGCUGCUGCCCUCGCUGCGAGCCCAGACCCUGCCCGGCGUGCGGGGUGCCGGCCGCACCCGGGCCUGGGCCUGCACCGAGGUAGCGGGGAGACGCGGAGGGGCCGCGGGGGGCCGCGGUGGACGGGUAUGAAGGCUGGGCCUGAAUGGUCUCCCCGUCUCUCUACGUCUCUGUCUCUCUGUCCCGCCCCCCCAACCCCUAUCCCAUCUCGGCUCUGCCCCGGCCUCCUGGCUCUCGUGGGGUCCACUCGGCCUGUCCGGGCAGCUCCUGGACGCAGUCCACGCUGCCGUCUUGGCCGGGGCUUCUGCGGGUCUCCGGGCCUUCCAACCGGAAAAGGACGCUCUGCUUGCGGCCCUGGAGAGGACAGUCCGCACGGACGUGGACCAGAUGCUGCGACUGCGGACGCGCGUGGCCGGGAGGCUGCGGGCCAAGGUUCUGGCCCCCCUGGAAUCCUGCCUGCACAGGAAGGUAGACACACAGCUACCCCAGAUCACGAAGACACUGGUGAGCAAUGUGGAAGCCUCAAUCACAGCGGUGCAGACCCUUCUCACCCAGGGCAUGGACCGCCUGUCUUACCACCUGCGUGGGAGCCCCUCCGGCACCCGGCUGCGCAAGGAGGUUUAUUCAUUUGGAGAGAUGCCCUGGGACCCAGAGCUGAUGCAGACCUGCUACCGCGAGGCUGCUCGGAGCCAGGAGCGCCUGGGGCAGCUGGCAGCACCGUUCGGCUUCUUUGGAACACAAAGCCUGGUGUUUGGGGCCCAGGAUCUCACACAGCAGCUCAUGGCCAAUGCCGUGGCCACCUUCCUGCAACUGGCAGACCAGGGUCUAACUACGGCCGUGGACUGCGCCCAGGCUGCCCAGCAGCUGGAGAAAGUCAGGGAGCGUGUGCUGAAGGUGAGGUCCUCUGGGAGGACUUGGCAGUGGGCCUGGUUGCUCAGAUGGUCACUGGACCAGCCACGGUGUGUGUCGUGCAGAAGUUCCACUCGGACAGCGGCUCAGCACAGAGGAGGUUCCUCCGCGGGUGGCUGCUCUGUAUCUUCUUGCCCUUUGUGUUGAACCAGCUACAACCCAGCUGCAAAAUGGAACUGCCUGAAUUUGAAGGGGAUGUCCUUGCUGUGGGCAGCCCAGCCCUAACCACCGAGGGCAUCUACAGGGACGUUGUCCAAGGGGUUCUGCUGCAGAGGAUUGACAGAGAGUUGGAAAAUGCCCUUGGUGCCAGUGACAUACCCUGCACUCUGGAUGGCUGCUCAGAGGCCCCAUGGGACCAGGUGGGAGCAGCUGGGUUGGCUGAGCUUGUCGUGAAUGAGGGCAGUAGGGACCUGCAGUUUGUCUGAGCCACAGAGAUGAGGAAACUGAGGCUCAGAAAGGGACUUGCCCCAGGCAUCCAGGCUCCAGCACCCAGGUCUAGCCACUCUUCCUGCUGCCUCCUCCAGACACAUUCUGGAGCUGAUUCUUUCAUUCUGGAGCUGAUGGGUGUGUGCAUCCUCCUUCCCAUUGGAUAAAGUCUACUAGUAGAAUUUCUGA